AUGACCGAACGUAAUAUUGAUUGGAAAGCAUGUGUUGCUUUAGGAUCUGUUGUGACCACGAUAUUCACAAUGUAUAAACUAUAUAAACAAGAUAAAAAGAUUCCUGAAGCUGUCAUGGGUGUUGAACAACUAAUAGGUAAUACUCCAUUAGUGAAAAUUCCUUCAUUAUCAAAACAUACCAAUAGUGAAAUAUUUGCAAAAUUAGAAUUAGCUAAUCCAGCUGGAUCUGCAAAGGAUCGUGUUGCAUUAAACAUCAUAUUAACCGCAGAAAGAAAGGGGUUGUUGAUACGAGGCGAGCCUGGAUGGGUGUUUGAAGGUACUAGUGGUUCAACGGGGAUUUCUAUUGCUAUGAUUUGCAAUGCUUUAGGUUAUAGAGCUCAUAUAUCAUUACCGGACGAUACAUCAUUAGAAAAAUUAGCAUUAUUAGAGAGUCUUGGUGCUGUAGUGAAUCCAGUAAAACCAGCCAGUAUUGUUGAUCCUGAUCAAUAUGUGAAUGCAGCCAAAAAGGCUUGCAAUGAUAUGAUUACAAAGAACGGUAUCAAUGCAAUCUUUGCUGAUCAAUUUGAAAAUGAGGCAAAUUGGCGUGUUCACUAUGAGACAACAGGUCCCGAAAUAUACACACAAAUGAACGGUGAAAUUGAUGGGUUUAUUGCUGGAUGUGGUACAGGUGGGACCAUUACAGGUGUUGCGCGCUAUUUAAAGGAAAAACGUGGUUUGAAUGACUGUCAUGUUGUAUUGGGAGAUCCGCAAGGUUCUGGAUUCUAUCAUCGAAUUAACCAUGGUGUAAUGUAUGAUUCUGUGGAGAAAGAAGGUACUCGUCGUAGACAUCAAGUCGAUACAAUUGUAGAAGGUGUUGGAUUAAAUCGAAUCACAGCAAAUUUUGCACACGGUGAAACACGCAUUGAUGAAGCUAUCAGAGUUAGUGAUGAACAAGCAAUCAAAAUGGCAAAAUAUUUAUCAGUUAAUGAUGGAUUGUUUGUCGGUAGCAGUACAGCUAUUAAUUCCGUGGUUGCCGUUAAACUUGCUAAACAAUUACAAUUACAAGGGAUUGAGAAUCCACGAAUUGUUAUAAUUGCUUGUGAUAGUGGAUCACGUCAUUUAUCGAAAUUUUGGAAAAUUGCGAAGGAUAUCGAUAGAGAAAUCUCCCUUACGGAAGUCAUGCAGGAUUAG